CUUGUUCAGCGCGGAAUUUGGUUUGGAAAAGUUGGAGUUUUAUUAAAAAUGGGCAAAGGAAAGGCAGAGGUCGGUACGCCAAAGUACUUGGCGAACAAGAUGAAGGCCAAGGGCUUGCAGAAACUUCGAUGGUAUUGCCAGAUGUGCGAGAAGCAGUGCCGGGAUGAAAACGGAUUCAAGUGCCACCUGAUGAGCGAGUCGCACCAGCGACAAAUUUUACUGUUUGCAGACAAUGCGGGCCGUUUCAUCGAUAGUUUUUCGCAGGAAUUCCUGACCGGCUAUUUGCAAAUUCUGCGCCGACAAUUUGGCACUAAACGGGUAGCUGCGAAUAAGGUGUACCAAGAUUACAUCGCCGACCGCCACCACCUUCACAUGAACGCUACGAAAUGGCACUCGCUUUCGGAUUUUGUGAAAUUCCUCGGACGCAAUGGGCAUUGCGUGGUCGAUGAGACGGAAAAGGGCUGGUUUAUCACCUACAUCGAUCGCGAUCCGGAGACACUCGCCAUGCAGGAGAAGAUGGCGAAAAAGCAAAAGAUGGACAAAGAUGACGCAGAGCGGUUGGCUGAGUUUAUCGAGGAGCAGGUACGCCGAGGGAAGACGGAAGACGAACCAUGCAGCUCAGGCUACUCCGAAUUGAAACGAGAAAACGAGGAGGAAACUAUUAAGCUCGAGCUGAAGAUUGGAACGAAGCAACCGAGCGCUUCGGUUGCUACUGUUCUACCAAAACGACCCCUGGAACUGUUGAAAGAUGUUAAGAAAGAGAAAAAGUUCAAACCAACUGACGGAGGCAGUGGAUCGAAGAAACCAUCGGCCUUGGAUGAACUUAUCAAAGAAGAGGAACUAAAGAAAGAGAAAUCUAACCGUAAAGAUUACUGGCUAGCGGAGGGUAUAGUGGUGAAACUAAUAACUAAAGCACUAGGAGAUAAGUACUACAAAGAAAAGGGAGUCGUGGUGGAAGUGAUAGACAAGUAUAGAGCUAAAAUCAAGCUACUGGAAACAGGCGAAAAGCUAAAAGUUGAUCAAGCACAUCUGGAGACGGUAAUACCGGCGGUUGGGAAACAGAUUGCCGUGCUCAACGGUGGUUAUCGCGGAUGUACAGCGAUCCUCAAAGCGAUCAACACGCAGCGGUUCAGUGUAACACUAGAGAUAGCCUCAGGACCCUUGAAAGGAAGACUGGUCAGUGAUGUAGCGUACGAAGAUAUUUCCAAACUGUUCGUUUAA